UACGCAGUUGCACAACGUUCAUCUUCACGGCUGCAUCAGUGCACGCAAAGCUCGCGCAACAUCCCUGCGUUUUGCGUUUCGGCUCAGUGCGCGCGCUCGGAAAAUUGGGCUAGAACACAUCCUGUCCUGUGUCUUCUUACAGCGUGGGCCUGAAAUAUAAUGAAGGAAGACAGCACCGAUUUGGAAAUAUUACUUUUUUUUGUUUAACAAGGACGUAUCUUCAUAUCCGGAUCUAUCAUCAUCUUAAUUUAAUAGCUCAAUAGCUCUUCCUUCCGCUGCCAUUUUGCUUCUGUACUGAACAUCUAAAUGGAUAAAAAAAGGAAGAAUGAUUUACGUACGCCAGCACCAGAGAGAGGUAAAGCGUGUGAGGGGACAGAGGGUCGAAAAAAAACAAGAAAGACCAAAUCAGAGGAACUGGAUUUCUUCUCUGAAGGAACUGAUGGCAGAGAUAAACAGCAGCAGGAUUUAACAGUUCAAGAGGCUGAUAAUUCAGAAGGUAAUAUGAAAGCGAAGAUCAGAUCUGGGGCAAAACGAACCAAGAAACCCCCAAAGAGCCUUGAGAACUUCAUAUGCCGACCUUCGGUUCGAGUGUUUCAGAGGCCUGAACAAAGUGUCUGCAAACGAAGAGAUGGUAUAAGUGCUAAAACUAGACGCUACAGUCACUUAUGUCAUCCUGUCCAGAAGAAAUGUAAUACUGACCCAUUGGUAACAAAAGACAAUUCAGCUUUGACAAAUACUGAUCCAUCAGCACUUUCUCCUUCCUCUCUCAUACCUUCUAGUAUCAUGUCUCCAGCUUCAGACUCCCCUACUACAAGGGCAGCUAAAAAGGUUCUCCCAAAACAAACUAAGAAGACAGAUUUAAAGUCAGAUAUAACACUACAGGAAACCCCACAGUCGUCCAACAAACUGUCAAUUUCUCACAAGAUAAUGCUUAAUACUCACAUAAAGCAGACAUACGCCUCCAAAAAUCCUCCUGAUUCAAAUUCCACUUCUCAACAGGACUCCAGCUCACAAGAGUGCAUCAAUGUUCUUAAUGAGGACAAGACACAGCAAGGUCAAACCAGUCCAAACUCCAGUUAUGGAAAUCCAAGUGAAACCAGUUUACAUACUGUGCCAUCAAAGCUGACAUCCUGUUCUCAAAAAAAUGUCCCAAAAUGCAAUGAAAAUAAUUCAGAAAUGCCUUCAAGUUUGCAUUUGAAAGCAAAGAAGUGUGAGGGUUGUGUCGAUGAUCCCAGCCAUGCUGAUGUCAGAAUAGUAAUUAAUGAAAAGAGUAAGCACCAGAAUGGCUCCACACAAGAGCCAAGUCUUUGUACAAAUGACCUGCCAGAACACCCCACCUCUUUCCAAGUAACUGAUUCCCCAUCUUCCAGUAAGUGCACUGACACCACAUCAGACAUGUCAGAGAAUAGCAGAGGAAGCAAAGGACAGAAUGAAAAUAAAGACCUAAAUUGGACUUCAGAAAUAACCAUGAAAUCCUUUAGAAAUCCUGUUCCUGAGCACAAAAAUUAUGGCAGCACAAAUGGAUUGGCUAACGAUGAGCACGGAAAGCAAGUCAAGCUUUGUACAAAUCAAGAGCAAAUUGAAGUACCCAGUUUGAAUGAGACUAACAACUCUGUAGGUUCUACAUUAAAAUCUCCACUGUCUCCUGCCCCAGUAAAGCCCCUGAUGGAUGAAUUAUCUUCAAACAGCAAGCAAGACAAAAAACUGUCAAAGAAGCGACAAGUCAGAAGUCUUCGCAGCAAUAAGAUUGCAAACAUGGCCAACGAGACUAAUGAUAGUCCUGUUGCCUGCAAAGUACUACACAGUAGUGCACAAAAUGAAACUCCAUUCCAUAGUUCUUCGGAAUCAUUGCCUUCGCCUCAAUGUGAACAAAAUCCAGCUGGACAACCUUCCAAAUCAAAACCCUCUCAAAACUUAAAAAAUUGCAGUCCAGAAAUUUCAUCUCUAAAUAAUCCACCAUCUAGGAAACGGGGUAGACCAAAAACAAACAAAUCAGGAAUACAAGUUCAGGCAAACAAUUCUCAAGUGUCUGCUGUUAAACCUCCAAAUGAUCAAAACCCAGAACACCUAGAGCCAGAACUUGAUAUGAAGCAGACAAGGCCUAUGGCAAGAAAACGUGGGCGCCCCAAACAGUCUUUUUCUAUCCAAGCAAAGGAAACUCAGCCAGAAUUAAUCUCUAAGAAACAGGACUCUGGAGACCUUCAUAUUACUUCCAAAGACAAAGCAAGGAACAUUCAAAAGUGCAAGAAAAGCAAGAGAGUAAUAAUGAAGACAAUCAUUGGAAAGAUCAAUAAGAUGAAAGUGAAAAGGAAAGAUCAAGUACUCACACAGAUUCUGUUGGGACAGAAGAAGUGCGACAGUAGAGAUAGUUCUCAUGAAGACACAGAAAGAGAUGCGUGCAGUGCAGAUUCUACUGCAACACACUCCUUAUCUUCCCUUGUAUCAUCUUUUGGAGGCAAACUUGGUUCUCAAAUUAAUGUCAGCAAAAGAGGAACUAUCUACAUGGGAAAAAGGAGAGGUCGCAAACCAAAAUGUCAGGCAACCUCCGAUACUUCCUCCCAGAAAUCUCCACAGAUGUUCCCAGACAACCCGCAGUUAACCCCCAAGUCUACUUUUGCGCAGCCAUCAUUAGAUACCCAGAGUAUUCCUUUAUCAGGCUCCUCAAGCACACUUAAAAAUAUUGCCUCGUCUUCAUCAUCUGGGAGGAGUUCACAGCUAAAUUUCAAUACCCCCAAAAUCAAAGCAACUUCCUUUAAGCAACUUAGUGAAAAUUCCCAGACUCACUCUGAAGUAACAUUGAUGUGUAACAGUGGGGAAGGAAUUAAUGAUAACGCCACAUCAGACAAGGGUGAGAGGAAUAACAGGCUGGAUGAAGGCGUGGGAUUUUGCUCAGCACCAGCCACAGGUUCUGUAUUCACCGUGUCUGGUGUUCCUGGGAGCAAUUCCUUUCAGGGCAGACCGAAGACUCUUUCCCCCUUGCCUUCAGAGCACCUUUUUUCUGCUCAUUUGCCAUUAGGCUCUGGUAGGCCACAAGAUUCCAGUCCCUCAUUGACAUACACAGACCCAGAGGCACAUAAGUUUAAAUGCCAUAGGAAGGGCCAUCACUGCCUUAGUCGAGAAAAGCUUAGAAGACAUAAAUAUAAAUGCAAGAAGAAGUAUAUGCAACUCAGGACCAAAUGCCAAGACCCAGACGUCCUUGCUGAUAUUGACGACUUGGUUGUCAGACUGAGCAAGAUCCGUAUCGUGCAACGCAUCACCCGAACAAAGCCUGGCGAUGAUGGUAACACAACUGGAAGAAAGACUGUAAAGGGAAAAUGUCAAUCAUAUGAUCUUCAGUGCCUACAAGAAAAAGUUCACCCCCCAGCCAUGUUCCAAAUUAACCUUAGCGGGUACUAUUCUCCACAUUCUGCCCUGUCCUGUGAACCCCUUCAUUAUGUUAGAAUGGCAAAUAUGAGAAAGAAACAUGGUUGCUCCUCUGAGCCAAGCGAACAAAUUGUUACACAUUUUCCUGUGAUGCACAAACUUGGAUACCCAUACCCAGGUGGUGGAUUUAUCCACCCAUCCUACAAAGUACCAUUCACAACCACCUCGCUUGGUUUUGGACUCUGUCGAGGAUACCCAUCCAGUACAGCGUUAUAUCCACUCCCUUUUCCACCAUCAUAUUUGCACCACUACUCUAAAAACCCUAUUAUUAGCCCAUCUAAGUUCCACAAGAAGAGGACCAAGUUUCCAAGGCAAGACUCUACAGUUUGGGGACAGAAUACAUUUGGGGCGUAUCCUAGGAUGACCCCACACUCCUCCUGUGACUGUUUCAAUACAGAAAGUGGGCAAAGGCAGAAGCAGAAAGAGAAAGGCAAAGGAAGGCGGGAUAAGCAUAGCAUAAUGACAGAAAGACAGCAUGGAAAUGAUGCAUGUCUUUGGCUUAAUAAACUAACAAAAGACAAUGAAAAUUCAGGAAGCUGCUCAUUUAACUCCCCUUCCCCCUCCCCAGUUUUCUCACAAAUUCAGCAGAAAGACAAAACUUUUCCUUUUACACGUUUAAGUCCAUCAAACGUGGGGCAAGGAGGAGAAGUAAGAUGGUCAGAACAUCAGCCACCAUGGGGUCUUGGCAACAAAAACCAAAACCAGCCCUCCGAAACACUUGAAAUCAAUUCAGUGGGCCAUGAGAAUACAGGUCAAGAGACUGAUGGGAACUCAACAUCAGCUCAGCAGUUACAUAGCAGAACUCAAUCGUUCUUAAAACAGCCUACACUCAUUAGUGGUACACCAAGUCAAAAAAGGAUCACAAAGUCAAGAAAAAGUGAAGGACUGACUGGAUUCUCAAAUGUUCAAAAGGAACAAGCCAAAACAUCUGCGCAAGAGCUGUCUUCUGGAGAUAAGAGAACACCAGGUACCGACCAAGCAGGUGGUUUCCCUAAAACGCAUCAGUGCAGUGAUUCUUCAUCACCCAAAGAAGCAGAAAAGAUACCAAGGGAACCAAGAGCUUUUAAAGCCAAAAGGAGGCUUCUGAUUAAGAAUAAGUCUAACCAUGUUCGCCAAACCUCACCUCUUUUAAGGGAUGAGCAUGCACAGCACACAGCCAGAAGCACUCCUUCUAGAAGUGCUAAAGUACAACAACAUUUCAAGUCACCAAAACAUCAAAAUUCUGAGGGACAGGAGGUCGCAGAUGGCAACGGAGUAAAGAGAAGAGGACCCGGACGACCAAGGAAGAGUCCUAAAAUCUCUUCUCCGCCGUCUUUACUUUCCGUUCCUGAGCUGUCCUCAUCUUUGACUAUAGAAGAGGCAGGAGAAGAAGACAAAGAUAACAGUGACACAGUAUUGGAAGUCAUUGAGCUUGUCAUUCAUGGAGAGCAGAGAAGUGGGAAAAAACGAAAAAUUGCUGAAAGUGUGGAAAAUGGAGAUCAGAAUCCGAAUGAAGAAAAAGAUGUGACUGAGCAGUCUUCCACUCAUUGCCAUAUGUGCUCAGCACCUAUUGAUCCAUCACCUAGCCAGGUUGAAGACAGUCAACCGGAGCAGGCCACUGCCUCACUACCCAAUAAGAAGUAUUUAUGGGCAGGGCUUUAUUCAGAUGUUUAUAAAACCGAAGACAUUCCUGAUCAGCCUCAUGAGCUAAACGUAGAGGGUCUCGAGUACAAUCCAGAGGAGCAUGAACAUGGCCUCCUCCCUGCACCUCUACACGUGGGAAAGUACCUAAGAGUGAAAAGGAUCAACUUUCAGUUGCCGUAUGACAUCCACUGGCAAUGUGCUUUUAACAAGCGAUUUGAAAAACCUGUUACUGUACCACAGGCAACACCAUCAAACAGUUCCUGUAACCCCCCAAACAGCAGUGUGCAUCAGUCCUGCUCUGACGAUUGUCUCAACACAACGCUCAGUGAUGACGAGAUUCAGUCCUGUGAUACGGACAGUCACACACACGUGUAUGAGGAACACCAUCCGUGCCAUCGUCACCUCCAACAACAGGAGGAAAACAGUGACAAUGAGAACUUCCCCUCAACCUUAUCUAGUGAGGAGAGGAGUUUUGUAAUGAAACAUGGUGUCUUCCUGGUGAGAAAUUACGAGAAGAUGAAGGCAAGACAGGCGUUUCUUCUGAGAGAGGGGGAGAGAGAGCAAGAGAAAGAAAAGGAGGAGGAUAAAACAAGCAGCCAGAGUGAGGGUAGAGGCCUUGGAGAGGAUCCACCCAUCAAGUCAGGUCUAGGAGUGUGUGUAGUUGUUGGCGCCAUGUGCAUGUGCCCGAUUGAGUGGAGGUCAUUUUCUGAAGAAGGGGAGCAUUUAACAUUCCAAAGCAGAGAUCUCUCACACACACUCCAAGAAAUCUGGGACAGGAUUGUUAGUUGCAAGGGAUCAUCUGGACAAACCCUCAGUGAUCCUCUGCUAAACCUGUGCUCAAGAAAAAGGUCUGAUUCUGCUCUGGUGGACCUCAGCAUGGUACAAAAGCAGCUCCAGACAGGACACUAUGAGACCCUGGCGGCCUUCCACUCGGACAUGCUGACUGUGUUCCACUGUGCAGAGAAAUACUACGGCUCUGAGUCUGCAGUCGGGCGUGAUGUGAGUCAGCUGAGGGCCAAAUAUCACAGAGCUCACCAGGAAGCUUCAGCCCACAUCAGCAACUUCCUGUAAGAGAUAAGAAGCCACGCCCACACACCUACCUUCCAGGGCAUAUUGUGGUUGUGGCUGUGACUAUGGUAGCACACAGGCAUGAUAGGCCUUCAAGAACAAGCAGACGAUGCCCUUCAAUACCAAAGACCUGUUGUGUGGUGCGCUUACACAGGCACUGAGUGUUAAACAGAGCCCUGCUGGAUGGGAUGCUUGCUGAGAAAAAGAUUAAGACUCAGAGAUCCAUAUUUAUUCAAAAAGGAUGGACAUGGAGGAGAAAAGGACUGCUGAUCUUACAAAAAACCCACUUCUUCAUUCCAUUUUCCUUCCACUUUUAUAUCCUGUCAGUUGCCUUGUUGAGAUACGUCUUCAGUAUUAAAUCACAAAAAAGCAUGGGGUGCAUGAAGCUGUGGGAACAGGAAAUAAUCUGAGGUAGUUAGUCCAAUUUUGGCCAAGGACAUAAACAAUCAUACUAAAUAUAUUUUAAAACUGUAUAUAAAUUUUAUGUUUAUUAUUUAUAAUGUGUUUUUCUUUACACUUGUAUAUACAUCAUUUGCCUUGCCAAUGACUGCACAUAGUACCAGUGAUAUAGUUUAAUGUGAGAUGUGCCUAGUAAUAAGCAAUAAUUGGAAAGCAAUAAGCUACUUUUUUCAUUGUCACUAUACUACUUUUUAAACUCCUUUUAUGCUGCCCCCUAACUUUACACACCAGCCUGAGAGAUGAUGUUGGGCAUUUUCCUAAUUACAUUAAACUUGAAUGAGGUUUAAUUCUUUAGUAGAGAGAAAUAACGUAUGCUUUGGCAGGGGUUGGGACCCUUUUCGCCCUAAGAGCCAAAUAAGAACAAAGAAUUAUACAGUCCCACACUACGCAUACCCAUCUAAUGCGCGCCCAAGAAAACAUUUCCCUUUUUUGUGCAGUCUCCACAGCACUGGCAAAGCAAAAGAAUUUCUAUUUCCAGCAUUGUUCAUCCAUGCUAGCAUUUAUUAUUGGCUGGUUUCCAGUUUCCACAGGGCUUGGCGUAAGCUUUUUUUCCCCUGCUGUGGCAAAAUCAUUGCUUCUCAAAAUGUGUCUUUACAUUUGAUAUUUUCAGCGACCCUGUAGAACAGGAUAAAGCGGCUAGAGAUGAUGAGAUGAGAUGAGAUUCUGGUCAUUACAAAACAGACACACUGCAGCCCCAGAGUUUUCGAUAGAUACAAACUCAUUCAGGUAUUUUAGCUGUUUACUUUGCUAGCUUUGCUUUGUUAAACCUGUUCCAUUAAAAUAAAGCUUUGAGAAAAUGUAGGCAACCCCAAUGUGAAAGCUUUAAAAUAUAUGAAAAUGGAAUAGUAUAGAGGAGCAGAGGUUAAAGGGGAGGGAAAGCGAAAUAAUGCACAGCUCAUCAGCUUCCACAACUAAGUUAUUGUUGUUGUUUGUUUCUCAAUUGUACAAAUGCAUCGUUUUUUUGAGAGCUUCCAGUCUUUUUUGUACGCUGUCAUUUAGAAAGGUUUUUUUUUCCCAACAUACCAACAAUGUAAAUAUAUCCUCAAAAAGUAAAACAGUUGCUAUUAGGGUUAAUUUCUGUAUAAAGAAAACUAGCCCAGAAUCAAGUUUAUGACAUGAAAUGUGGUUCCUGCACAAAUGGCCCAUUGUGAUUUCCAACUCAAAACAAUAGAGUGUCAUAGAUGUGUGGCGGCCUGGAAGAAAACAAAACAGUUGUAUGUCGCUGUAGAUUAAUUCUGGCAAACAGCCCAAAAAUAUGAACCGUUGAGUUUUUGCUCAAAAUCUUUCAACAUUUUUUUUUCUGCCUAUAACAUAUGUUACUCAGCUUUAAGAAGCCAUACAUUUCACCAAAACAGUUUAUGGUAAAUUAUGUUAUUUACUGCUAUCUUUCUGCAAGAACACUUUUGUAAGAAGCCAAUUUAACAAAUGCAGCUAGUCUGCCGAAAGAUAUCUAAAGCCUUGCUAGUCACGUUAUUUCCUCACACAGUGAAUGUCAGGCUUUGAUCAAAUUAUUAGAUAGCUAGGUGCCAUAGUGAAAUUGCCAUAAACAUGAUCAGAGGUGGGUUUCCCAAAAGCCUCUUAAGGCUAAGAGUGUUUUCAACUGCCUCUUAAGAUCCAUCGUUAAGCUAACGUGGUUUUCCCAAACAACAUAGCCAAAGUAGUACUUUAGUUCGUUCCGAUGGACCUGGAUCAUUCUGUCACAGCAAAGAGCGUCUCCUCACAGCUGAAUACACAGAAUGCGCGUGCGCCUCCAAGGGACUCUCACAAUCAGUGGGGGAAACUGGUGUUGAAUCUGCUGCCGGUGUUCAAUUAUUUUUCUUGUACAUCGUAAGUACAGCGAGUUAAUUAGUAUAUAAAUAUACGCAAAACAUUAUGAAUGUAUUUCAAUAUGUUAUGGAAUUAUGGACGGAUAUUGUAAUGUCACAUUGAUAUCGCCACGUUUUAAUCGAAUUUAACUCCAUUAGGCGAGUGAUUAUCUCAUUUAGUGUAAUAAAUGAGACAAAUUCCUGCAUUUGUAACAUUGUAUAUAUUUUUGCCAACUAAUACUUGUACACAAUUGCCAACUUGGCAUUGUGGAUAAUAUAACGGUUGAAAUAAUCCUGACUGCAUGAUUGGGUAAUGGUGAAAUGAGCAGGCACAGGGAAGAACAUUUACUUAAUUAUGUAGCUCAUUCUUUCGUGUGAACGUUUGUUCAUUUAAUUAAAAAACACGCUUGGAAUAAAAAAUGUUCAUAUACAAAAAUGUAAAAUAGUUUCCAUUAUUAAUUACCACAUUAUGUACAUAAUGCUUAAUAACGAUACAAUAUUAUUCUGCCCACAGUAACUGGAUACACUGAUUGGCUACUCUGCUACUCAGCUAUCAGCUUAUAUACCGUGAGUAGAGAAAAACAAAAUGGCGGAGCGUUUUGCUGAACCAACCGAGGACGAAAUAAAAACUCUACUCAAAAACAAAACCCCCCCAAAAAAAUAAAAAGCAACAAAAUAUGGAAUAAAAGUAUUUGAUAGUAAGAACAUAGUUUAUUUUUCAAGAAUUAUUAUUGCAUUUUUCACAAAUUGUUAAUGUCAUUUCGCUGGUUUGUUUACAUUCUAAGUGGAAAUGAUUUUGUAUAAAGUUAUUUAUUGAAUUUGCAAAAAAAAAAAUGCUCUGUUUCUCUAAAUCCAGUGAAUGUGCAUAGAAUAAAACAGUUAUUCCACUCAAUCUCGUCAUACAUGACUUAUAGCCAACUCGGCGCUAUGUGCCUCGUCGGCCAUCAGCUCAUGUACGACUCGAUUUCAUGGAAUAACUUAACAUAUUUUAACGCUUUAUGUUUCAUUGGUUUUUGGUUAAAAACAAACACCAUGUGAUCUCAUUGACUGGAUUUAGCAACUACUAAUGCCUUCAGCAACUCCAGUACGAAUGCCUUUAGCAACUACGAAUGCCUAUAUCGAGAAUGCGUGCUAUAAAGAUGCUCUUAGAAAAGUUGCUCUCAAGACUCAUUACGAGUGAGUUUGGGAAAACCACGUACAAAGACAAUGUUCAUUGCCUAAGAGUGUCUUUAAACUUGCUCUUUAGCCCUAAAGCAUAACGUUAUUUGGAAACCCACCCCAGUUCAGUUUGUUAUUACCUACUGACGGUCAAAAUGUCCACAGUUAGAAUGCCCACACUUUUUGGGGAAAAACACAAACUUUACACAUGGUUAAGAAGAUGAUUUCACCAUAUGAAGGGUUUUCCCAGGCCACCACACAUACAUAGCUCAAGAGUCUUAGGUUCCCUACCCCUGAUCUAUGAUGUAGUGGCCAACCAGGAGCUUUUUGUUGAACUGUUUAGGGAUUGUGUUUCGUCUUAAUAAAUGCCUCAUUUAUUUCUG